CGAAAUCCCGAGCUGUUUAGCAUGUUUGCCGACGGACUUUCUCUCUUUUUUGGAUACACCGUUGGAAGGACAUGGAGUUUACAACUUUGAAUUGACUUUGCGCUCAGAGAAUAAGGAUACAGAAGGUUUAGUGGGACUUUCUGAAGGGCGAAGAGAAACAGCGAUUCUUGGAGAUUGACAACUCUACGCCAUGACUUCAUCAUUUCUAAUCAACUAGCCCCAACGGACUCCCGCACGCUAAGAGCGUUUCGCGAACGAGCGGAUAAACAAUCUCUGUAACCUUUUGACUGUUAUUCUGUCGCAUACCUACUUCAACUUGAAGAGAAACAGAGUUCAUCGGAGCGCAUUUGGAGAGGCAAUAUAGAGGGGAACCAAUGUUGGAGAAGCGAAACUCUGCUGAACGCAGAAGAGGUGACACGGACGCCAGCAGCAACAAGGACAUGGGCUCAACACCCACAGGCGCAGGCGCAGGCGCAACGGCAGGGCCCGACGAGGCGGCGGUGGUGGCUGCGGAAGGAAAAGAAGCUUUCAUGUCGCAGGAGGUAAUACAGAAUUCAACCGCGAACUCUACCCAGGAUGGUGGCCUCGGCGGCGACGACGAUGAGAAGCGGGUAUUUACAGGCGGUGGGAAUGACACGAGGUCACCGUCGCCGUCGCCUUCGAAUUCGGACUGUGAAUCGCAUCGGGAUGGAGGCGAGAAGGGCGGCCGCAAGGGAAUUGUUGGCGCGACGGUGGGAUUUUUGACGUGGACGCCGAGGAAGUUAAGAUAUGAUCCCAAGAAUCCUCCUCAAUUCACGCUUGGGCUCAACUUUUUGUUCGCAGUUGCCGCGACGUUCACCGUCGCCAACCUUUACUACAACCAACCGGUCCUCAACAGGAUCGCAGAGACGUUCAAUGUCAGCUUUGAGAGGGCAUCAUCAGUCGCGACGCUGAUGCAAGCCGGAUAUGCAGCAGGCUUGCUCUUCAUCUGCCCUCUCGGCGACAUGCUGCGCCGACGGCCAUUCAUCUUGGGCCUCAUCUGGGUGACAGCAAUGCUAGUAAGUAACCCCAAAAUCACCUCCCGCAAACCACAUCACCCUAACACCAUUCAGUGGCUCGGCCUAUGCCUAACAAACUCCUUCCAAGCCUUCCUAGGCCUAUCCUUCAUCGUCGGCGCCACAACAGUAACACCACAACUCAUGCUCCCGCUCGUAGCAGACAUGGCGCCCCCCGAACGCAAGGCAAGCUCCCUCUCCAUCACGACAUCAGGCCUCAUGCUCGGCAUGCUCAUCGCGCGUCUGCUCUCGGGUAUCGUGGCGAACUACACCUCCUGGCGCAACAUCUACUGGUUCUCGUUCGGGGCGCAGAACCUGCUGCUGGUCCUGCUCUUCUUCUUCGUGCCGGAUUAUCCCUCGACGAACCCGGAUGGAUUGAACUACUUUAGGGCGCUGUGGACUAUCGUGACGAUGUUGUUUACGGAGCCAAUUCUGGUCCAGGCGUGUCUGAUUGGGUUCUUUAUCAGUUCCAUCUUUACAUCCUUUUGGACGACGUUGACGUUCUUGUUGGCUUCGCCGCCGUAUGAGUACCCUUCCAUCACAAUUGGUUUGUUUUCGCUGAUUGGUAUCGCCGCGAUCUGUGGCGGGCCGGUGUAUGGACGUCUCAUCAUGGAUCGAUACGUGCCGUGGAUGUCUUCUGUGCUCGGGCAGACUGUCAUACUCAUCGGGUGUAUCAUUGGUGCUUUCACGGGUACCUUUACCGUUGCUGGGCCUGUGAUCCAGGCGAUUUGCAUCGAUAUGGGGAUUCAGACUGCGCAGACUGCCAACCGGACUGCGAUCUACACCAUCAACCCCAAGGCGAGGAACCGGGUGAAUACGGCGUACAUGGUGUGCGUAUUUUGCGGGCAGUUGACGGGUACGGCGGUGGGCAAUAGGUUGUAUGCGCAGGGCGGAUGGAAGUACAGCGCGGGUACCUCCAUUGGAUUCAUCGGGCUGUCGUUGAUCAUCACCAUGCUCAAGGGUCCGCGGGAGAAGAGCUGGAUUGGCUGGAGCGGCGGGUUCAAACUGCGCAAAGACGCGCCGAAACCUCAGCCGGCCUCACCCGAAGAGGCACAGGGGCCGGUGGAGGAGCCGGUGGAGGAGCCGGUGGAGAAAAGGACGGAUAUCGGCGCCGGUGGUGAGGAGAACCGGCGGUGACAGGGUCCGAUGAGUGGAGGAACUGGCCGGGGGAUGAAGCUAUUCGGUGGUUGGGCCGUGUCGAGCUGCCGUUCCAUGGUUUCGGGAGACGAUAAUCAACUGUUCUGGACUAGCCACAGGGAAUCUUGAUCAAACGAAACUCUAUGUGUUUACUGGAUGAUCUUGAAACUGAAAUGAAGAAGGUUACUUUGGAGUUGAAGGAGAAAUGACGCAGCUGUUUGGUUUGGAGUAACAAACGGCGCAAGACUUGAGGCCAGAAAACGUUACCCGGCAGCCACUACAGCGAGACCCCGGGCAGUUGACCCGCCAAGGACGCCCGCCAAGACCC